AUGGUGCAACGGCUACUUGAGAGACCUGUUCGUUUACUAGUUGAACCCUUUGUGAGGUUUUUUGCCAACUCAGGUUUUGAGAACAUUCUGAAGUUGUCUCCCUACAAGACAGGGAAGAGAUGGCACAAAACCUGCAGGCAGCUGCUUCUGCAAGUGCCUGAAUGUGAGAGCUGCGUGGAGCUGCUGUUUGUGAGAGGGGCUGGGAAUUGCCACGAGUGUGAUACCCCCCUGAGGAAGAGUAACUUCAGGGUACAGCUUUUUGAGGAUCCUGCUGUUGACAAGGAAGUGGAAAUUCGGAAGAAAGUGCUGAAAAUAUACAAUAAAAGAGAGGAGGACUUUCCCAGUCUAAGGGAAUAUAAUGAUUUCCUGGAAGAAAUAGAAGAAAUUGUAUUUAACUUGACCAACAAUGUGGAUUUGGAGAACACGAAAAGAAAAAUGGAGCUGUACCAGAAGGAUAACAAAGAAGUCAUUCAGAAAAAUAAGUUAAAACUGACACGGGAGCAGGAGGAGCUGGAGGAAGCUCUAGAGGUAGAGCGACAGGAAAGUGAACAAAGGAGGCUGCUCAUGCAGAAGGAAGAACAAAUGCAGCAGAUGAUGAAAAGGAAGAAUAAGCAAGCACUUUUGGAUGAUCUGGAGAGCUCCAAUCUUCCUGCUUCACUGCUUUUAGCUCAGCACAAGGACAGAUCUACUCAGCUAGAAAUGCAAGUGGAAAAACCCAAACCUGUCAAACCAGUCACGUUUUCCACUGGCAUCAAAAUGGGUCAGCAUAUUUCAUUAGCUCCCAUUCAAAAGGUAGAGGAAGCUUUGUAUGAGUAUCAACCUCUGCAAGUGGAGACAUAUGGACCACAAGUUCCAGAGCUUGAAAUGCUGGGAAGGCUGGGGUAUCUCAACCACGUACGAGCUGCCUCUCCACAGGAUCUUGCUGGGGGCUACAGUUCUUCUCUUGCUUGUCACCGAGCCUUGCAAGAUGCGUUCAGUGGGCUUUUCUGGCACCCCAGUUAG